CCAAAGUAACUAUUAUCCCUUAUUAUAUUUAUAACUUUUUUACACUUGAGUGAGGAUAAUAUUUGUUUUGUUCUUAAAAAUUAGAGACAACAUACUAUCUUUGUAAUUUAUGUGGACAAAGAAGUAAUUACUUUUGUAUCCCUUCCUUGGCGCUCCUUAUUUUGUUGAUGGCUGAACAAAUUCCAUACGGUGUUGCUACAAGUCUCGUUAACAGGUUGGCUUCUGCAGCCUUUCGUGAAUUUGGACGAAUUUAUGGUGUCAUGGAUGAAUUAGAAAGACUUAAAAACACAAUUGAAGUCAUCAGAGCUGUACUCCUUGAUGCUGAGGAGAAACAAGAGAAAAGUCCUGCUGUACAAGUCUGGGUAAGAAGGCUCAAAGACGUGCUUCUUCCUGCAGAUGAUUUGAUAGAUGAGUUUCUUAUUGAAGAUAUGAUACACAAACGGGAUAAAGCUCAUAAGAACAAAGUGACACAGGUAAUUCAUUCCUUCUUACCAAGCAGAACUGCUUUUCGCCGUAAAAUGGCUCAUGAGAUUGAAAAAAUACAAAGAAGUUUUAAAGAUGUUGAGGAAGAUAUGUCUUAUUUGAAACUUAACAAUGUUGUGGUGGUUGCGAAAACUAACAAUGUAAGGAGGGAAACUUGCUCUUAUGUGUUAGAAUCUGAGAUCAUUGGAAGAGAAGAAGAUCAAAACACGAUUAUAAGCUUGUUGAGGCAAUCACAUGAACAUCAGAAUGUCUCAUUGGUUGCUAUUGUUGGUAUUGGUGGUUUGGGAAAGACAGCUCUUGCUCAACUGGUAUACAAAGAUGGUGAAGUGAAAAAUUUGUUUGAAAAGCAUAUGUGGGUAUGUGUCUCGGAUAACUUUGAUUUCAAAACUAUUCUGAAGAACAUGGUUGCGUCAUUAACCAAAGAUGAUGUUGUAAAUAAGACAUUACAAGAGUUGCAAAGUAUGCUUCAAGUCAAUUUAACUGGUCAGAGAUACUUGUUAGUUCUCGACGACGUUUGGAAUGAGUGUUUUGAAAAGUGGGAUCAAUUGAGGCCUUAUUUGAUGUGUGGUGCUCAAGGCAGUAAGGUUGUAAUGACAACAUGCAGUAAGAUUGUGGCAGAUAGAAUGGGUGUAAGUGACCAACAUGUUUUGAGAGGUUUAACUCCAGAAAAAUCAUGGGUUUUGUUCAAGAAUAUUGUCUUUGGGGAUGUUACUGUUGGAGUGAACCAACCUCUUGAAUCAAUUGGUAAGAAGAUAGCAGAAAAGUGCAAAGGAGUUCCGUUAGCAAUUAGAUCACUAGGAGGCAUAUUACGAAGUGAAAGUAAAGAAAGUGAAUGGAUCAAUGUCUUACAAGGUGAAUGUUGGAAAUUGUGUGAUGGUGAAAAUAGCAUCAUGCCGGUCCUAAAAUUGAGUUACCAGAACUUAUCACCUCAACAAAGGCAAUGUUUUGCUUAUUGCUCUUUAUUUCCUCAGGAUUGGGAAUUUGAGAAGGAUGAGUUAAUUCAAAUGUGGAUGGCACAAGGUUAUCUUGGUUGUUCAGUUGAAAAUCAAUGCAUGGAAGAUGUUGGUAAUCAAUUUGUAAAUAUUUUCUUGAAGAAUUCAUUCUUCCAAGAUGCAAAUUUUAAUGAUGAUGGUGAUGUAACUGGUUUUAAAAUGCAUGAUUUAAUGCAUGAUCUUGCAACACAAGUAGCUGGCAAUGAUUGUUGUUACUUGGAUUCAAGUAAGGCAAACAAAUGUUUAGGAAGACCCGUGCAUGUAUUAGUGAAACAUGAUGCCUUGUGUUUGUUGGAAUCCCUGGAUUCAAGUAGGUUGCGGACUUUGAUUGUGAUGAAUUACAAUCACUAUAUGCUCCCUAGACCAAAACUAUCGGUUAUUCGAAAUUUCAAAUACUUACGCUUUUUGAAAAUGCAAAUUAGUAGUAGCCAGCGAGCUGGUUUCAUUGAAAAAUUGAAGCAUUUAAGGCAUCUUGACUUGCGCAAUUAUGAAUCAGGAGAAAGUCUUUCCAAAUCUAUCUGCAAUUUUGUUUGUUUACAGACCAUAAAAUUGAAAGAUUUUGUGGUAGAUUCUCCAGAAGUUGUUUCAAAAUUAAUCAAUUUGAGACACCUUAAGAUUUAUAAUGGGACCUUCAAAGACAAGACACCGUCUGGAUUUAGAAAAUUGAGCAUACAACAACCCAAGGGUCUGUCUUUGUCCAAUUGGCUCUCUCCACUCACAAAUAUAAUUGAAAUAUCUCUUAGUUAUUGCCGAGGUUUCCAACAUCUCCCACCAUUGGAACGCCUUCCGUUCCUUAAGUCACUCGAGUUACGUUUCCCCUAUGAAUUGGAGUACAUAUAUUAUGAAGAGCCUAUUCUUCAUGAAUCAUUCUUCCCAUCUUUGGAGAUCCUAGCCUUUUAUGGUUGUGAUAAGUUGAAGGGAUGGAGGAGGAUGGGAGAUGAUUUGAAUGAUAUUAACUCUUCACAUCAUCUAUUGUUGCGUCACUUUCCUUAUCUUUCUCAAUUAGUUAUUUAUCGUAGCAAGAUGUUGACUUUGAUGCCUACUUUUCCAAACAUUAAGAGAUUAUCAAUGGAGUCUUGCAGUACGAAGAUAUUGGAAGCAACACUAAAUGUAGAAGAGUCACAAUAUUCAAAUGGCUUCCCUCCUCUUUCCAUGCUCAAAUCCUUAAAAAUUGAUGGAACGAGUAUGGAAAAUGUCCCAAAGGAUUGGUUGAAAAAUCUUACUUCUCUCGAGAAUAUUUGCUUCAGUUUGUCAAGUCAACAAUUUGAAGUAAUUGAAAUGUGGUUUAAAGAUGACCUCAUUUAUCUUCCUUCCCUCCAAACAAUCAAUUUUACUUAUUGUGGUUUUAAGGCAUUACCAGAUUGGAUAUGCAAAAUCUCAUCACUUCAGCAUCUUAAGAUGUUCCGCUGCAAAUUGGUAGAUCUGCCUGAAGGAAUGUCACGUCUUACAAACUUACACACCUUAGAAAUCAUUGGAUGUUCAAUCUUAGAUACUAAUGAAUUCCUGACAGAAACAGGUGCACUUUGGUCUAAAAUUGCUCACAUCCCAAAAAUCAUCAAACGUAAUUAUUUUGUUGCUGGCGAGUAUGAAUGUACCUCCAACACUUAUCCUGACGGUAUCCUCUAUUUUUGAAGUCAGAAAGCUAGCUGGCUCAAUAAAAGACAUGGAAGACUGGAGGAGAUGCGUGAAGAUGGAUUUUCUGAAUGAUUAUUAGUGAAUUUUCUUGUCUUGUUAACGUUAUUUUGUAUUUGCUCAUAAGAGGAUGAUUGAUCACGGGUUCUCUUUGUUAAGAGUUCUUUUUUUAUCUGUUGUUUUCUCUGUACUCUUUUUUCCUGAAAAGGUUUUUAACGAGGCAGAUUGUGUGUGCUCACUUGGUUAUUUUGACUUGUAUUUUGGUCUAGUCCCCAAUACUUUUGUAUCUUUAUUUUCUUUUUAUUUAAUAAUAUUUAUAGAGUAUUGCAAAUUA